AUGACUUCCAGCGCUCCCCCUUAUAGUUACAGUUAUGAGGACCCUGACGAUACCUUUAUACUACGAGAGCUAUCGACCCCCGAGCUGGAGAAGCGCCGGUUCCUGUACGCCGAUGACCAUGCCCGAGAUGGUAAUCGCAAUACCAUUGAGUGUGAUUCGAGGUCGUUCAACACACCGUGGUAUCGACGAAGGGGGUCAUGUUUCUCACUGAUCCGAUUUGCUGUAUUCUCUGUAAUGAUAUUCAUCUCUGUCGCCUACUACUUUUGGUCUAUAAUUCCCAACGAACCGUCCGACAGCGUUCCUCCCCGCCCUGUGUCUCCCGCACUCUGCGAAUCGCCAGAAUGUGUACAUGCUGCCUCCGAAAUUCUGUACAGUCUAGAUCCAAACUAUGCCGAGAUCGAUCCUUGCGAGGACUUCGAGCAAUAUGUUUGUGGCGGCUGGAGAGAACGUCAUGAUCUGCGACCUGAUCAGGGCUCCAUGUUUACUGGGACUCUCAUGGCCGAAGCUGCUCAGAUGCGUCUUCGACACAUUUUGCAAUCCACAAGUGCCCCCGAAGCUGCUGAUGAAGAGAACUUUAGAAAAUUGAAAUCCGCUUAUGAUGCUUGCUUGGACGAAGCCACCAUCAGCAAGCGUGGUAGCGAGCCACUAGAUGCUAUGCUGGCUCAAUUCGAAGAUAUUUAUUCUGCAGAGUCUGCUGCGGCUGGUUCGGAUGUAAAUAUCACUGACGCAGUAUUAUUCCUGAUGAAUUUUGGCGUUACGGCUUUGGUAGAAUUGGACCCUGGUCCCGACGAUCGUGAUCCGGACAAAAUUGUUAUCUCUGUAAGCCCACCAGACGAGAUUGGUCUUCCGGUCAGGGAGUACUACAACAGCUCCCAAACUGUGUCCGAAUACACCGAAGUGUUGAAAGAAGUCCUUGGGAACUUUGUCAAACAAGACAAGCAAGUCCACGUCGAUGAUAUUGUGCUGUUUGAAUCGAAGCUAGCAAAUGCAACACCAGAUACGCAGACCUUGAAAGAUGUGGAGAAGUACUAUAACCCACGCAAUUUUGACCAGAUCGAAUCUAUGCUGCCACAGAUUUCUUUGUUCUCUAUGGUUUCCGCGCUUUCCCCUGCCGAUUUCAAGACCGAUCGCCUGAUUGUUUCUUCGCCGUCGUAUAUGGAGUCGCUGUCGACUAUUCUGAGAGAAACCCCUAGGAAGACUAUUCAUCUGUUCUUCAAAUGGAAGAUCAUCCAGGCGUAUGUGGACCAGAUUGAAGACGCCAAAAUCAUGCCCCUGCGCGAGUUUUCCAACAAGCUAGCCGGCAAAGACCCCAAAGCUACAACCGAGCGGUGGAGAAUCUGUAUCAGGUCGUUAGAUCGAGGACUCAGCUGGAGUCUCAGUCGAUUCUAUGUUCUCGAUGCCUUUUCCAAGGCCUCUAAGGAACUGGGUGAUCAAAUUAUUUUGGAUAUUAAGCAACGGUUUGUGAACAUCCUACACCAAACCAGUUGGAUGUCGCCCGAGGUACGGAAACUCAGUAUUGAAAAAGUGGACAACAUUGUCCAAAAGAUCGGAUACCCUACCAAGAGUCCAAAUGUGAUGGACCCAGCGGACAUUGAGAGGUAUUAUCACGAGCUUCAUAUAUCCAAUGAGACCUUCUUUGAGAACGAAAUGGCUAUUGCGAAAUUUGAUCUUCACCGAGCCUGGUCGAAGUUGGGCAAGCCCACGGACCGAAACGAAUGGGAAAUGAGUGCUCCAACUGUGAAUGCCUAUUACAACCCUCCCUUGCAGGAGAUCGUGUUCCCCGCGGGUAUUAUGCAGCCGCCAGUGUUCUACGGACCAUCUGCACCCUUGUAUCUGGCCUUCGGAGCAUUUGGCGCUGUGAGUGGGCACGAGCUCUCCCACGCUUUCGAUUCGACUGGUCGGCACUAUGACCAGACUGGGAACUACACCGACUGGUGGGACGAGAAGACAGUCCAAGGUUUCGAAGAACGCGCGCAGUGCUUCGUCGACCAAUACUCAAAUUUCACCGUUCCAGGAGAGAAUGGGGAGCCUCUCCAUGUGAACGGGCGCCUUACUCUAGGCGAGAACAUUGCAGACGCUGGAGGCCUCGGAGCCGCAUUCCAGGCAUGGAAGAAGAGAGACGAAGCCUCGCCGGAUCCUCACCUCCCCGGCCUUUCCCACUUUAGCAAGGAGCAGCUCUUUUUCGUCGCCUAUGGGAACUGGUGGUGUGCUAAGACGACCAAGGAAGCCGCCAUUCAGGCUAUCUAUACUGACCCCCACGCUCCUAAGUUUGCAAGGAUCAUGGGCACGAUGGCCAAUUCUCGAGAGUUCAAUGAGGCAUUCAGUUGCCCCACCAAGAAACCCGUGUGCAAGCUCUGGUAG